AUGGAUGUGGAGGAGAGUAGCGGGCAGCUUUUGCUGAAAAUAGAGACACUCUCCUCGGAUCUAGACUCACUAGCGUCUAAGGCAAUUUCGAAAUCAUCUGCGCCCUCCGAUGUGGAGAUGUGUAUUGUUCCUGAGGAACGGUUUCAGUCCCCAGUCACACCGCUGUUGGACUCUGUCUAUUCUGGACAGACCAAAGGUUCCCGAUCUAUCACGGAGAUAAAACCUGUGCAAGGCGAUGCUACGGGAGAUGAAACUCUAGUAGCUGAAAAUACUACUGAGGCUGCGACAUCCGUUCGGCACACGACAUCCAAAGGAAGGAAAUCGGCAGUGCGAUCUCCAUCUGAACCGGAACUUCGCUCUCCACUGCCCUCCAAGCGAUGCCGUUUCGGUUCGCCUGCUGGAGAUGAAGAGCCUUUGUCCACUGUCGCCACUAAGCGAAAGAGUAGGGAGUCAAGUUCAAAAAUUGCUAAGACAGCACACUUUGCUCAGCCAUUAACUAUACAGGAAUCUCGGACGACUUUGGAUAAGUCUUCUGAAUCUUCGAUUGCCGCUGCUACUAAUGAAGAUGCUUUGAAAGGCUCCUACGGAAAUUCGAGCAUUAUGACUGAGGAAUCGGAUGAUACUGUUGGGGUGAUGGAGGUACAAGCCCCAAAAUCAUCGGCUCACCCUCCCAAAAUAUCUACCUCAGCUGUUGAUGUCGCUGCUGAUGAUGCUGUCACUUCUACAGCCGCGUCCACCAGCGCGGUAUUUGUGAAGCCGGUGUCUCAGAAUGCCUCUACACCAACUGCGUCAGUUCCUACCGAAAGUCGCUUGGGACGUUAUCGCAACACUCCGUGGCCAAUAGGUCUGUCGAAGCCCUGGCUCUCUCGGCUUGGUUGGGGCACAGCAUCAAAGACCCCGUCAACUACUGCCAAUACGACUAACAUGGUAACCGUCACUAACAUGACAAAUUCGAAUCUAUUGCAUCAGCCGCAGCCAUCUCGGCUCUCAGCGAGGGCGUCGGUGGGGAUGGGGAAGCUUAAAAGUGUCACAGUUUCGACCGCUCCUUCACUGGUUAAACAUGCUAAACCGCCCUCAGUUGUUACUGACUCCGCGCCGCGAUUACCAACGCAGUCACAGUUGAACAAAGUCUCAUGCGCUAGUAAAGCUAAAUUCUCGGUGAUUGGGGAGAAGGAAAUCAGCAUUAAUCAUCGAUCAAGCAGCUCUAUGGCAGCGAGUGUACUGUCUCGAAGGGCUGCAACGGGGCCGCUACAGACACAGUCGGCGACGAAGCUGUUGCCGAGGGAUGUGGCGGAGGACGAUCGGCGGACCAGAGCGAUGGCAGAUUUGACGGCGAAGGAACAACGCCAUCGGGAGUUUAUGGAGAAGCGGGCCCUGGAACGCAAAGCCAAAGUGAAGGCCGCUAACGAGCACCGUAUGGCUGUCCGCGCCAAUGCAGAACGUGAAGCUAAGGAGAAACAGGCCGCCGCGACGAGACGGAUGGAAGCGGAGAGAUUGAGGCUGCAGAAAAUUGCGAUAAAGGUCAAGAUACAGCCGCCUAAGACAGCAGCUAUCGCCAGCCACCAGCGUACGAGUCAGUCGGUCAAGCAGCUGCCGUUCUCAUCAGCUUCUGCCAACACAGCUGCGGCGGCAUUUACCACAGCCACCACCAACAGCUCCAAUUACAUGAAGAACUUUGAUCUCGCCAAGGUUGCCCCACCACUUCCACCCCAUGCCACCGCGGUUAACAAACCGCAGGCGCUCCCGUCACAGCCUGCUGCCAAGAUGCAAGUCCUCGUUUGCUCUUACUUCAUCAUCCCCAUCUGUCCCUUUGCACGAUUUAUGGUGCGCCAAAUCUACAAUGGAAUAGUGAAUGCCGAAGAACAGUGCAAGGCUCACCAAGUGUUUCGACUGGCCACUUGCGAACACAGCCUGAGUAGGUGCAUCGUGGAUAUGGAGGGGGGCGGCGAAGUGCGAUUGCUGAAUGCGGGUAAAUGCGAAUCGGAUUGGCGAAUGUCGGAGGAGUGGACAUCGUGGGCUGUCAUCACCGUCGGUUUCAUCGUGACAGUCACAGCAUGCGUCAGGACUGCAAGCUCUUCUGUCGAGGCCUCAAACGUAUCACCACUUUCAAGGUCACAAAGAGCCUCGUAG